AUGAUUCGCGCCUUGCUGCAGCCGCUUCGAUUCCAGUAUCGCCUGCUACUACCUCUCACGUAUGGAGCUUCCAUCGCGUCUUUUCCCCGUACAGUACAAAGGACCGAUCGUAUCUACAGACCAAAAGUUCCAAUUGAGAAAAGAAACAUGUCUGUCUCGGCCAACACUCGUCAACAAUUCAACCAACAGUUCGAGGUCACAUCCGGCGCCACCAAUGCCGUGUGGAUACACAACGACACAUACGCCAACAGAUCUGGACACAACCUUAAGGCACUGGCUGGAGACAUCGAGGCCGACGUCUGCAUUGUGGGCUCCGGAAUUGCUGGUGUAUCUAUCGCUUACGAACUCGUGACUCGCGGCAAACAUGUUGCUUUGCUCGAGGCUCGCGAGCUCUUGUCGGGAGAGACGGGCCGCACGAGCGGUCACUUGUCCAACGCCCUAGAUGAUGGUUAUCUCGAGAUCCAGAAGAAACACGGGACUGAAGGAGCAAAGGCAGCUGCCGAGAGCCAUACUUGGGCGCUAAACUACGUCGGCGAGGUUGCGAGAAAGCUGGGCAUCGACUGCGAGUAUCGCCAAGUGCCUGGUUACACCGUAUCUCAGUACUCGCGCAACGACCCAAAGCACGCAGAUGAUAUGGAGGAGAUCAAGAAGGAGGUUCAGCUGGCGCAGCAAUUGGGAAUUGAUGUCGAGUUCAACGAAGGCCUGCAGGUCAAAGGUUGGUCAUCUGAGCCUGGCAGACCGGACCAGCGCGACGGGGCAGUUUGGCGCAACCAGGCAACAUUUCACCCAACAAAGUAUGUCAACGGUGUCCUCGGGUUUCUCUUAAAGCAACCCAACUUCAAAUGCUUCACACAGACAAGGGUUAUGUCGGUCAACGAGCCUGGUAUCGAAAUCCUUGGGGUUGGCAACAAACACGUUGAGGUCAAAACUCAGCACGGGCACACCGUGACGUGCGGUUAUGCAGUUGAGGCCACGAAUGUUCCGCUACAAAAACUCAGUGUUGUCGCCGAGAUGGAGUAUGAUCGCACGUACUGCAUUGCCAUUCGGGUCCCUAAAGGUUCUGUUGAAGAUUGCCUCAUCUACGAUACGGCGGAGGAAUACAAGUACGUGAGGCUUACUGCGUGCGACGACAGUGAAGACUAUCUGGUUGUCGGUGGCAUGGACCACAAAGUCGGCCAGGAGAACACUGGCGGUCGGUUCGACGAGUUGGAGACGUGGACCAGAGAACGCUUUCCGCAAGCUGGUGCCGUUGACUACAUGUGGAGCGGUCAGGUCUUUGAGCCGGUGGAUUAUAUGGCGUUCAUCGGUCUUAACCAAGCCUGCAAGCGCACCUUUGUUGUCACGGGUGACUCGGGGAACGGUCUGACCCAUGGUGUGAUUGCUGGCAGGCUUAUCGCAGACGAGAUUGAUGGUCAGCGCAACAGCUGGGCUGAUUUGUACUCGCCAAAGCGCAAGAUGUCUAUUAUCAAAUCAGCAACAACAAUGAUCGCACACGACAUGCAGAUAAAUUCGCAGUACAAGCGGUUUCUCCAGACGGACAUUACAGAUAUCGAGGAUCUUGUUCCUGGAUCGGGCGGCGUGAUGAACUCCACGACGCAGAAGCCAAUUGCCGUGUAUAAGGACGAGAAUGGGAACAUCACAAAGCUUGUACUGUUGAUCACGAUCCUGCAUUAUGCAUACCCGGCGGCUGUCUUCAUCUACUACAUAGCUUCUGCGGCCGUAACCGUCUGCACCUUGCAGUCUUCGGCUGACCGGCCCAGGCAUAUGUAUCUCGGCACCCUCGCCACUCUAAUGGUUGCCUUCGUAUUUACAUUUGUCGUGGAGUUAGGUGUGCUCCUGACCCUCUCCUCACUUGGAGGAUAUCUCGGCCAAAUACGCCCAGACAUAGUCAUUGGUCUCCUUUCCUCGAUUCUUACAUUUGGAGUCUUGGUGGCUGAUAUUUUCGGAACCGAUGCACCCAUGUGGCGUACAUAUAUUGGUCCAUAUGUCCUAGCUGCUCUGGUAGAACCACUGCUUGCCACCCUCAACCAAGUUGCUGACAGCCGAUCAGACUGGUACUGGUCGGAGUACACAGCUCUCGGAGCCGUGGCGGUGCGCGAAGUCUUGGCAGUCUCGAUCUUGGUCUUGUAUGCGAGCGGUCGUCCAAGGGUCGACGCAGUAUCCUCGCCUGAAGACACCGAGAGCCAGCCAUUGCUGCAAAAGACAGAUAAUACUGUCAUUCAUGGCAGUUCUGGGCACUAUGGAUCUACACAGACAGAUAAUUCGAACGAAGUAGCGCAAUCAGGCGCACAGCAGAUUGGAGACAGGUCUACGAUCAAGGCCAAGGCCAAGUCCAAGGACAACGGGGAGUCGCAUUACGAACGAAGAAGACGCGAGGCUAGGGAGAGAAUGGAAAAGCGACUUCGGCAAGAGGGGAACUGGUUCUUGUACAUGAAGAGCUUCGCUGUGUUCCUGCCUUACAUCUGGCCUGGCAAGAAUCGAGUCCUACAGCUGCAUGCAGUGCUCGUAGGUGGGUGUCUGUUUGCCAACAACGCGCUCAACGUGCUUAUACCGCGGCAGAUGGGCGUCCUGACCGACAGCCUGAGUGGUGCCAAUGAUGAGAACCCAUGGGUUCAGGUCGGUAUCUUUGCCGUCCUUCGGUUGACAGCUUCUGAAGCCGGCCUCUCCCUUGCCCGUCAGUGGCUCUGGAUUCCGAUCGAGAACUAUUCAACUACCACAUUGAGUUCGGCAGCUUACUCGCACGUCCUCAAUUUGUCGGCCGACUUCCACGACUCCAAGGGCAUCUCGGAACUCAGCAUGGCUAUUCAAUCGGGACAAAGCCUGACUGGGCUGCUAGACUCUAUCUGCUUCCACGCGUUGCCUAUGAUGAUCGACUUGUGCCUCGCCUUCGUCUACCUGUCAACUACUUUUGGGCCCUACGAGGGGCUCAUUACUGUGGCUACCGCGGUCAUAUUUUUCCACGUUGCGACCCGGAUGCUCGCGAAGCUCAGGGAACCACGUAAGAGCGAGGUUAGUGCAUGGUUUCACGAGCACUACGUUCUUCAGGCCGGAAUCCAGGGUUGGUCGACCGUCACCUGCUUCAACCAGGUACCGUACGAGGAGAACCGCUACUCUGAAGCCAUCAAUGAUAGAGUGGCCAAGUCCGAGACGGUGUUCGUGGGGUAUCUGUUCGCAUAUGCCUUUCAGUACCUUGUUCUUCUGGCUGGUCUCCUGGCCGGGUCUUUUUUGGCAGUACACCAGGUCGCGUCAAAGCAAGCUACAGCAGGACAGUUUGUAAUGCUCCUGACGUAUUGGGGGCAGCUGGUGUCCCCGCUCAAUUAUUUUGCUGGACUCGGCAAGACCAUCUCACGAAAUCUUGUUCAAGCCGAACAGCUUUUGGAGAUCAUGCAGAAAAAACCUACUGUAUUGAGCAAGGACGGGGCCCCUGCGCUGGAGUUAUCUGGCGCCAGGGUCAAGUUCGACAGUGUGGGAUUCUCGUAUGACGGCAAGAAGAAGAUACUAAACAAUGUCAGCUUUGACGCACCACCGGGUACGACCGUGGCCUUUGUUGGGGCUACUGGAGCUGGGAAGUCAACAAUCCUUAAGCUCCUAGGCCGAUUCUACGACGUGAAUGAAGGUUCCAUCACGAUAGACGGACAGGAUAUCCGUGAUGUCGACCAAUGCAGCUUGCGGGAUCAGAUAGGCAUCGUGCCGCAGUCUCCGGUACUUUUUGACGACACCAUAAUGAACAACGUGAGAUACGCUAGGCUCUCGGCGACUGACGACGAGGUCUUCGACGCAUGCAAGGCGGCCUGUGUUCACGAUCAGGUCAUGGGAUUUACCGAUGGAUACGAGACGCGAGUGGGCGAACGAGGCGUCAAGGUGUCCGGUGGUGAGCUGCAGCGUCUGGCGAUUGCGCGAGCCAUCCUGAAGCAGCCCUCGAUUGUGCUUCUAGACGAAGCUACCAGCUCGGUAGAUACAGAGACGGAGCAAAAGAUUCAAGAUGCGUUUGGCUCACUCUGUGCCGGUCGCACAACGUUUAUCGUGGCCCAUCGAUUGUCGACGGUAAUGAACGCCCACGUCAUUAUGGUAGUUUCUGGCGGUGAGAUCAUCGAACAAGGCAGCCAUGACAUGCUGAUUGCCAAAGGGGGCAAAUAUUCUGAACUGUGGUCAAAGCAAUUCUUUGUGAAACCCAAACCCAGGCUUUCAGUCGACCUCGACCCGGCCGAUGGCAUCCACGCCACCCCUCAGCGACACGUUGUCGAAAAAUCGAAGGGAAAGGCCAAUGGCAACUCCAGCAGUCAAGACGGCAGCGAUGAUACGGCGGUCCACACUCCAUCGGGCCAUCGCAGGGAGGGAUCCAAGCUUAAUCCAGACGCCCCGACAUUCACCCCUCGUGCCACAGACGCACACACAUGUUGGUCAAAGUCUCGCGAGGCCGCAGACAAUUCACUCUCCAAUGAAGAUCAAAACACUAUCCCCGGAAAGCAGCCGUUGCAGGAGCAGGGCAGCAACCAGGAGCCGACCGAGAAUGGAGGUGGCCCCUCACAGCUCUAG